AAAUACACCAGCAUGGAGGAAUCUGUGCAUCGUCUUGAGAUCUUCAUCGCUAACGUGAAGACCAUCGAGGCUCACAACUGGCGGUACCAUCUGGGACAGACUUCCUACUACAUGGGACUCAACUACUUCGCUGAUAUGACUUUCACAGAGUUCAAAAAGUACAACCGUCUGGGAGAAUUCUCCACCAUCCCCAAGGGCCAACUGGCCAUGAACUUCGGCGUGUGUUCUGAGUACGCUCCUGUCUGGCCCAGACGCUCCCCCCUGCCCGCCACCGUCGACUGGACACAGAAAGGAGCGGUCACUCCCAUCAAGAACCAACAGCAGUGUGGAAGCUGCUGGACUUUCAGUGCUACCGGCUCUAUCGAGGGCCAGAAUUUCCUGAAAUCCGGAAAACUGAUCAGUCUGAGCGAGCAACAGAUCGUGGACUGCUGUCAGCUGAGCGAUUGUUCAGGCUGUGAAGGAGGACUCAUGGACAGUGCUUUCAGAUUCGUCAACUCAACCAACGGACUGGAAUCUGAGGCUGACUACCCCUACACCGCCACGGACGAUAUGUGCGCUUACAACCCCGGCCUGGCUAAGGUCAGAGUGACCGGCUGUGACGACAUCCAAGAGGCCAGUGAGUCAGAUCUCCAGGACGCUACUGCCAAUGUGGGACCCAUCUCUGUGGCCAUCGACGCCUCUCACGGAAGCUUCCAGAUGUAUUCCGGAGGUGUGUACUACGAGCCUGAGUGUGACCCUCAAAGCCUGGAUCAUGGUGUCCUCGUUGUUGGAUACGGCUCUCUAGAAGGACAGGACUACUGGAAGGUUAAGAACAGCUGGGGCGUCAUGUGGGGCAUGAAUGGCUUCAUCCUUAUGUCCAGGGACCAGAACAACAACUGCGGCAUUGCCAGCUCUGCCAGCUUCCCCCACACCGCCACCGCAUAAGGGGCCGGAACCGACUGUCCAUUGGGCUUUCACAUCUCUUUUUCAAUUAAAAAUGUCAUCGUAAUAAUAAAAGGAACGAGUGGGUUACGAGUUUUAUAGAUGGACACCAAAAUUGAUGUGAACAGUACGAUUGAAUUAUAGAUCUAUUGUCUCUUUUAAUUUAGCUCAUGCAAUGUUUCCAAUUCCAAACUUAAAAAUAAAUAAUGUCAAAUCUAACUCUCUGUUAAAAUGUUUAAAUGACUUUUUCGAUCAAAUGUUCUGAUUAUUACAAUUUUUUCAUUUUCCCCUGAAACAAAUCCAUCCAAACAUGGUCUUCAAAUUCUUGGUUGUUUGGGUAGUAAAUGGUAUAUUAGUUUAGUCAUAAAGUUUUAGUCAUCAUUUAGGGUGUGUGGUUCACCUCAUUGAUGUACGAUAUAAGAGUUUGGAAUUAAAACAAAACCCACUUUAGUGUGAGAGGUCUGUAAAAAUUGUGAGUGCUAGAUAUAGAAUGUAUGUGUGCGUUAUUUAUGUGGAGUAGCACAAAUGUUGGGGUAACACACCCUUGCCACCCAAAAAGAAGGCUAUUUAUAAAGGUUGUUUGUCACGAUCAUGUGUAUAUAACCCAUUUUUUAUUCCAUUUUUGAACGUGUCUCCAUUGUGUUGUUUGCGUAAAUAAAUACAAAAUUACAGAUCAAUA